UGGAAACGUUAAGCUGUGGCAAAGAGAAGGCAAAAGUUCUGCAUUUGCACAGAGAAAUAUAUAGUCGUGUUACAUAUUUGCGAAAAACGAACAGUUUAGCUGAUACCUUCUCCACAUCCACCUCCAGGACAUUCUGAGUAGUCAGCAUACAGUGAUGGCAGGCAGCGAGUCAAUGGUCGUGAUGAAUGGAACACAAAUUUCUUACAUUGGACACGACUGUGAGGACAUCCCAGAAUUCCUUGGGGAAAGAUACGGAGGACAUGCAAAACGUCUUGAUCUCAGCUUCAAUCGACUGAGGUCACUGACGGGGCUCAAAGCAUUUAGCCAGCUGGAAGAGCUGAUCGUGGACAACAACCUCCUCGGAAAUGACCUCCAGUUGCCCAGGUUACCACACCUCCAUACCCUGACUCUCAACAAAAACCAAAUCACCGACAUUGAGUGGCUGCUGGAGCACCUGGCCGUGGUGGCGCCAUCCCUGGAAUACCUCAGCCUGCUGGGCAAUGAGGCCUGCCCCAACCAGCUCGUCAGCCUGGACAAGGACGAGGAUGACUACCAGCGAUACAGGUACUUCGUUCUGCACAAGCUGACGCGCCUAAAGUUCCUGGACACCCGGAAAGUGACACAGAAGGAACGUUCCGAGGCAGAAGCACGAGGUGCCUUCAUGAAGGUGGUGAAGCCCAAGUGUGACAUGGAUUCCACUGACCCCAGAUCUGACUUUGUGGCCACACCUUACACCCCCUUACCCAGAGGAUCCAGAGAUGCCAGAAAUCAUAAAGGGGUUUUUGCCAAGUGCCGCUAUGUAUAUUAUGGGAAGCAUUCGGAGGGGAAUCGGUUCAUCCGCAAUGACCAGCUCUGACCCCCCACCCAGCUGACCCUGGCCAUCCGCAACCACCCAAUCACAUUCCCUCCAGCCAUACCCAGCCCCUGUAGCACCUAAUGCUAUGCAGUCAUCCUGUCUUACUCCACCCCAUCCCCCUAUUCUCAAUGGUACGAGCACGAUCAAGCACCUGGCCUUGAGUGCCGCUUGUGAAAGGUCAACGGUCGCACCUGAGGCAGCAGAGGUGCCUUAGAGAGGUCAUUGAGCGUGGGAAAUAUCUAAGGUACAUCCAAGGUACAUCCUUCCCUGUUGCGUUGCGUGUUGUGCAUUGAAAGGAAAACACAAAUGCUUGCGAAACCUCAUCACUCCAAUAAAGCAACACCUCAGGUUAGUUUAAGCAAUUAAAGUCUUUGAAAGAAAUUGUGAUAAUUACAACUUUUAACAGGACAGUGACACUG